AUGUCGCAAGCCUGCGAGUACGGCGUCCUCGACUGCGCUGCCGCGGCCGCCGAUCCGUUCACCUGCUCACCCUACAACGGCGUCUACGCUGAUCAGGAAGGCAACCGCGGCCUGCUCAUUGUCGCCGCGGUGACUGCCGCUUUCAUGUGCUUCACGAUUGGGGCGAAUGACAGUGCGAACGCCUGGGGGGCGACGGUGGGCUCUGGCGCGAUCCCGCUCGGCCUCGCCGUCACGCUGGGAGGCUUUGGCGAGUGGCUGGGCGCGACGCUGCUCGGCUAUGGUGUCAGCGACACCAUCAAGAAGGGCGUCGCCUCCACCACCGACCCGGCCUGCUGGGCAUGCGGCUACUGCCACUCCGGGAUGGCUGUCUACGCCGUCGGCAUGCUCUGCGCACUCCUCGCAGCGGCCAUCUUCCUCCUACUCGCCACCCUUGCUGCGAUGCCCGUCUCCACCACCCACGCCAUCGUGGCGGGCGUCGUGGGCAUGACGAUGGUCGGCUCGGCCGACAUGGACGGCAUCGGGUGCCUGAAUUGGGCGUGGAAGGGAGGCCUCACCUCAAUCAUAGCUAGCUGGGUCAUCUCGCCCGUCCUCUCCGGCUGCAUCGCCGUCUUCAUCUACACCACGACCAAGUACGCCUCGCUCGACACGCGGCGGCCUGGCUCCAACGCCCUCCUUCUCUCGCCCUUCCUCUACUCGAUCGCGGCGUGGAUCAUGACGUUCCUCAUCAUGAUCAAGUCCAAGCCGACCAAGCACCUCGAGCGGUCCCAGCAAGCCCUCACCGCGUGCGUUGUCGCCGGGGCGACCCACAUGUACACGUCGCUCCUCGUCCCGCGCGUGCGUGAGGCGAUGCCGACGGUCCGCGCGCUGCGCGACGAGCAGGAGCAGAGCCACAAGGCGGUCAAGGAGCUGUCGGCGCGGCUCGUACGGCUCGAGGCGUCGUACAAGGACCUCGAGGAGAGGUACCUCUCGAGCAAGACCUACGGCGCCGGGCUCUUUGGCUCUACGGCGGCGGCGGCCCCCACGAACGGCAAAACUCUGGCGCGAGCGUGGACGGCCAUGACACGCGGGAGCAUGGACGGCAGCGUCCACAGCCUCGGCUCGAUCGGCUCCCGCUCGUCUUUGGUCGACUCGAUCGCCGCAAAGCACUCGAGCCCGGGCGGCAAUGGGCUGCAAACGACCGAAAUCAUUCCGGAGGAGAUGGAGGCCUGCUGCGAAGAGGUCGGCGAGUCGCACGAGGACGCAGUACACGUCUUCCGAUACAUCGUCGUCUUCGUCGCAUUCCUCGAGUCGUUCGCACACGGCGCCAACGACACGGCCAACUCGACCUCGGCCUUCUCCGCCAUCUACACUGCUUUCUCGUCCGACAUGGCCGAGUGCGAGUCGACGGGAACGCCGUGGUGGAUCAUGUCCAUCGCUGGCGCGUUUGUGGCUCUCGGCGUGAUGACCCUCGGGUACCGUGUGAUCAAGACGCUCGGCACCGACAUCGCCGAGAUCAACUACCACAUGGCCUUUUGCGUCGAGUCCGCCUCGACGUGCACCGUCGUCAUCGCAACGUGC